AUGAGCAUCUUUUACGUAACCAUCGCUGCAUACAUCUUGAUUGGUGGUGUCGGAGUCGGUAUUUUCCUAUGGGGCAAAGAGCAUGGAAACUCCUUCUUCGACAAGCUCUACCGCGUCUUCUGCAUGCAUUUUCCGAGACUGCUCAAGAAGGCUUUAGAGAAAGUUUUCGGCAAGAGAGCUCCUGCCGUGUUGGAUGCUGCUUGGGUGUACGUUUGCUACACAAGCAACCCGUUGGUGCAGAUCUUUUAUUUGCUGGUCGUGGUGGGUGGCUAUGCCACAUUUGUGGCAUACAGCCACCCUCAUAUUCCGAACAAGCUGCUUAGCAAUGUCCACAAGUACAUUGGUUUUGGUAUCUUCUCUACUUGCCUGGCAAUCUGGUGGAGAGCCUGCACAGCCGAUCCGGGGAUUGUGACUCCUCAGAAUCUGGACAAGAUUUGCGAGAUUUGGAAGUGGGACGAGCAGAUCUUUCACAUGGCCGUCUGCAGAUCUUGCGAGCUGGCGAAACCGGCACGCUCCAAACACUGCUCCCUGUGCAACCACUGCGUUGCAAGGUUCGACCACCAUUGCAUAUGGAUCAACAAUUGCGUGGGUGUGGGAAACCACAAGUACUUCCUAGCGUUUCUGGGUGCGCACCUCGUGAUCUGCUUCUACGGCUUCGGGCUCACGGCGACGAUCCUCUGGAACCUCAUCGUGCAGAAGGAGCUGCUGAGCGCCGUCUUCGUUCGGCCCGACACUCGCGAACGGUUUCAAGCGACCAAGCUGAUGGUGAUGCAGUACUUGCUUGCCACAGAGGGCAUGGUGGUGUUUAUCUGCGCCCUCUGUUGCAUUAUGGGAGUCGUGCUCUUCGGCUUCUUCGGCUGGCACCUGUACUUAGUGAAAGCAGGCACCACAACGAACGAGCUGAGCAAGUGGAGCUACGUCAGGAUGUGCUUGAAACGCGAAGGUCCAGAGGGAAAGGAGAAGUUGAAGCUCCUCGUAAAUGAGUAUGACCAGCAAAUGCUUGUGCAUGCGAGUGUAGAACGGGCCUUCUCAACGCUUUCUUCCGGCAGCACGUGUGUCUGUGUGUGCGCGGCCAGCGCCAUGGCUGCAAAGAUGGAGCGACCCGACUCCACUGCCUCCACCACUGCAGGCAGAGCCAUGUCGCCCUCAACUCCAUCGCUGCCGUCGCGGCCAAACACCACCGAGCGAAGCGGAGCUCGAGCAAAGACGAUGGCAAAGCCUCGUUCAAUGCUCGCGCGCCUCGCAGCCCGCGGGAACAAUCGUCGUGAACAAGGACUGAAGGAGGCAGAAGCCUACCGUGCUGGUCACGGCUACGGGAAAGGUUUCGGGCCUUGCAAGCCAGCAUCGGCAUCUCCGUGUGAAACGGCUUUGCUCAGUGGCCUGACCGAGUGGCAGCUGCCCGCGUCGGAGGCACCGCUGGCAGAGAUCCUGCUCCAAAAUGACAAGGUCGAGCUUGGUGAGAAGUACAACAUGAGAAUCAGUUCCCGAUUCCAGCCUCUGGUCGCGUCGACGGCACACUAUCACUUCCCAUUGCCGACUUCCGAACAAAACAGGCGGUACAGCAAUGUGAGACACAAGCAUCCACCCGAGGGAGUUCCAUGCCUGGAGCCACCGAAGCACAAGCAAGAGCAGACUCCUACUUUGCCGAAGAGCUCUGAGAGGCAAACGCCACUUCUGACGAAACUUCGACAGCCAGUGCAGGAGGGCAUGGCGCGUCUUCGCCCGGGAGUCGCGUAUAGCGUCUCGCGGCUGGAGGAAUGGUUCCUGCUGCUGGACACGAACCGCUCGGGUGAGGUCACUGUGCGCAAGUUAAUCCUGGGCAUGAUGAAGCACCAGGAGAUCAUGGACCUCGUGUUCUUGCUGAGAGAGAAGUCCGAAGGCCGAUUAUGGCAGCUCAAACCCGAGAACAGGCCGACGGCUGGCAAGCUCACCCGGGACGACAUGCAGUGGGUGAGGGCAAUGCUGGAGGAGCUGGGGUCAGGGGGUGGUGCUUCGAUGACAUGGCCGGAAUUCGUCGACUUCUUCCGCCAGACAGGUCUGCUGCUGGAGUACAGCACUCGGGACGAGCUAAACCAGUCAGACCUGGGUGAAACAAACAUGGAAGAAUUGCCUGGCACUUGUGCUUCGAAAGCAACGGAGGAACUUGAGCACGCCUAUGUCACGGCUUCUGCAAGCGGCGCAUACAGCCUCAUUGCCAGCAUGGUUAUGAUUAUGAUCCUAGUCCUUCCACAGCAUUGCAGCAUGGUUCCUGCAAGGUCUGUAGGCAAUGACAAGAUUGUGACAAACGAACUGCAGAUCACCGCUCGACUUUCACCCGAAGGGCCGCCAGCUCCAAACGGAUUUGUGGCGAGAGGCCCAGCAGAGGCCUGGGAGGCGCUCUUUGCUUCUCCGACCUCCGAGCAGAGCUCGGCUCAGUGUCGAGCUGUCGCAGAGCUCUGCGAUCACUGCAUUGGACAGGACAAUGUCGACGAUUUCGCCGCCGUGUACGACGGUGCUUUCAUUCCGUUCCGGCCGCGAGCUCCAGAGGACAUGCAGGAACCGCUGAGUCUGGAGAGGUCGCUGGUCCGAUACGUGCCAGUUGCACCUCCUAGGGUCCGCCGGCUCGUCUCCGCGGUCAGGAGUAGAGAAGCUUUGAAGCAGCGAGAGAUGGAUCGUCAAGUUCUCCCUCUUGCAGAUGCAAAGAAUGUGGAGGACGAAUACCAUGAGAAGUGCCUGGACGACGCAGGUCCAGGCUAUGCCGUGGAAAUCAAGCAAGACGUCGACACCGAGGCAGAAGAUUCCGAGGUGAGCACUGCCGAAGUCUUCAACGAUGCUCGGCCGACAUUUAGGGACUACAGCCGCCAGGCGCCUGACGGCUGUGUCCACUUGAUAGUUCCUUCCAAAGGACCCUUGUAUUCUCACGAUGAGCCGCCAGACUUUUUGCAACUUCCUGAGCCCAUCAAGCAGCGGACAGCUGGUGCUGCCCGAGUUGCAGCUGCUGCGAGGGCGUGGGCGGCGGCAUCUGCUCAUUCGCAUCCCCAUGGGCGGCAGGAGCAGUUGCCAGCCACCGCUCGGGGCGUUCCCUCACCACAGCAUGCAGCUAUUGCCGAAGAGCUCAACUUCCGAGGUCCAGGUCCUGUGCCUCAGUUCGGGACUUCGGCCCGACCCUCCUCUCCUCAGGCAGAUCCUGGCCGACAGAGCCAGGUGGAGACUCGCCAGGCAGUAGCCGGACCAGCUGUGCUGGCGCUUCGCCGCAUGCGGAACCAAAUGUCGGCACUAGCUGAAGGGCGCCUACCUUGGCACUUCUCGCGCGAUCGGCAGAAUGAGGAGGCAGGAGCGGAACAUGUGCCACACCCACCGCAGCAGCCCCCGAGCGGUCAGAGGAGGCCGUUGCUACCCAACCUGGGCCGGGUCGUUGGUUCAGCCGCAGGCGCUUCGGCGGCACCCGUGCAGAAUCAAGGUUCUGCAGCCGAUGGACUGCAGAUGCAGUCUCUGGUGCCGGCGCCACCAAGCCAGCCAAAGCCAACGUCCAAUUCCGCCAAUAGUCGCUUCUGGAGAAGGCCUUGGCCGAGGAUGAACAUCAUGGGCACGCUCGGCUGGGGCGGGCGGCGCCUCAUCCUCUCAAGCUCCUGCCUCGUCGGGAGCAGCUUCGAGUUCCGCAGGCCCGGCUCGACAGAAGGGUCGCGAAAGGAGCCGGGGACGCAAGCCACGAACAGUGUUCCGGGGCAGCGCCACGCGGUGCAGGACCCGACGCCCUCCAGUGGUAGCUCGGCCAUGCCUAGCCCUCCGUGA